CUAAUUUCAAUGUAAUCCUGUCUCACAGUCCGAUCUCACAGUCGGCCGACAUGGCGACCACGAAGAAGCUUCUCGCUGGAGAAACCAGCAUCUGAACUCAAUUUGGUUCCCCAAAGCAGCUUGAACUGCGUCUGGAAGUGGAUAUAAAAUAUUUUGUCAAUUGGGAAAUAUACACGGGAAUUGUCCACAGUUUUAAGACGGGGCUGGAUGGUAGCAGGACAGAGCACCAUGGUGGAGCCCAAGCCCAGAGCAUCAGCAGCCCAGCGUCUUGAAGCCCAGGAGACUCUGGGUAUCAGCACCCUGGACCCUGGCCACAGGCCGCCCACCAUGCCCCCCGGACGUCAUGUCACCAUCAAGGUCCGCAUGUUGGACGACACAGAGGAGGUCUUUGACAUCUCACAAAGAGCCUCAGGCAAGGUGUUGUUUGACCUGGUGUGUACCCACCUGAACCUCGUUGAGGGAGACUACUUCGGCCUAGAAUACCAAGACCACAAGAUGAUGGUUUGGUUAGACCUCCUAAAGCCUAUUGUCAAGCAACUGAGACGGCCCAAGCACGUAGUCCUGAGAUUUGUGGUGAAGUUCUUCCCCCCAGACCACGCCCAGCUACUGGAGGAAUUGACCAGGUACCUCUUCGCCCUGCAGAUCAAGCAUGACCUUGCCUGUGGACGUCUGACCUGCAACGACAGUAGCGCGGCCCUGCUGGUCUCCCAUAUUAUCCAGUCUGAGAUUGGGGACUUUGAGGAGAGUCAGAGUCGGCAGCACCUCCUCAACAACAGCUACAUUCCUGACCAGAUGGCUCUGAUGGACAAGAUCAUGGAGUUUCACUCCAAUAAUGGGGGUCAGACGCCAGCAGAGUCGGACUACCAGCUGCUGGAGGUGGUACGCAGACUGGAGCUGUACGGGGUUAGACUACACCCUGCCAAGGACCGCGAGGGCAGCAAGCUGAGCCUGGCCGUGGCACACACUGGUGUCCUGGUCUUUCAGGGACACACCAAGAUCAAUGCCUUCAACUGGUCCAACGUGCGCAAAUUAAGCUUCAAGAGAAAGCGUUUUCUCAUCAAGCUCAGACCAGACCUGAACCAGAGCUCAUACCAGGACACUCUGGAGUUCCUGAUGGGUAGCCGAGACUGCUGUAAAGUCUUCUGGAAGAUCUGUGUGGAAUACCAUGCCUUCUUCAGCCUCUUUGAGGAGCCCAAAGCAAGGCCCAAGCCGGUCCUCUUCUCCCGAGGCUCCUCCUUCAGAUUCAGCGGUCGGACACAGAAGCAGGUGAUUGAUUAUGUGAAGGACUCUGAGUUUAAGAAGAUCCCGUUUGAAAGGAAACACAGUAGGGUCCAGCACAGCAGAAGCCGUCCAUCUCCGCUGUCUUCCCCUCACGCCCCUCAAGUGCCAAAAGAAAGUGUCAGCGGUGCUCCAGGAGACAGAGCGGAGGUGGACUCUCCGCACCACCGUCAGUGGAAGGAGUCUGUGAACGCUGAGGACCCUUCAGCCCUGCGGAUCAGAGGCAGCCCUUCCAUCCAGAGGAACGUGGGACACGGCGAGGACAGGCCAGGUCCUGGGGCAGAACCAGGCCCAGCCAGACAGCCCCACCCAGACCAUCUGAACACAGGGGUGGUUUCCAACAGCCCUCAUCUCUCCGCCUCCUCCGUUAACUCCCAGGGCAUUGUCAACGGUCAGAAGCCGGUCGAACUCUGUGGUCACAGUCCGGACGUUCGGCAGCCCUCUCCCCUCACCAGUCCCUUGCUCAACGAUGCCGGCAGUGUGCGCACCGACGAUGAAGACGAGGUUGGGAGGAAGAGGUUCCCUACCGACAAGGCCUACUUUAUCGCCAAGGAGCUGCUGACCACAGAGAGGACCUAUCUGAAGGACCUGGAAGUGGUGACUGUGUCUUUUCAGGACUCGGUGGGUAAAGACGAAGCCGUGCCCGACUCCCUGAAGAGCACCAUCUUCACCAACUUUGCCCCUCUGUACAGGUUUCAGUCCGUCUUCCUCAGAGAGGUGGAGCAGAGACUGGCUCUAUGGGAAGGGUGCUCCAAUGCCCACAUCAAAGGAGACUACCAGCGCAUCGGGGAUGUCAUGCUGAAGCACCUACAGGGACUGAAGCCACUGACAGCCCACCUCCAGAAGCACUCGGAGGCCCUGGUGGAGCUGGAGAAGGCGUGCCGGGGUUCCCCGCGGCUGGAGGUGCUGGUCCGGGACUUUGAGCUGCAGAAGGUGUGCUACAUCCCCCUCAACGUGUUCAUCCUCCGGCCCCUGCACCGCCUCAUGCAUUACAAGCAGAUCCUGGAGCGCCUCUGCAAACACUACCCGCCCGCACAUGUGGACUUCAGGGACUGCAGAGCUGCACUGGCAGACGUGUCAGAGGUGGUGUCCCAGCUCCAUGGAAGCAUGAUCAAGAUGGAGAACUUCCAGAAGCUGCUGGAGCUUAUGAAGGAUUUGAUUGGCAUCGACAAUCUAGUCACUCCAGGGCGGGAGUUCCUAAGGUUAGGCUGUCUCAGUAAGCUGUCUGGAAAAGGCCUCCAGCAACGAAUGUUUUUCCUGUUCAAUGAUGUCCUGUUGUAUACGAGUCGAGGGAUGACGGCAACGAACCAGUUCAAAGUGCACGGGCAGCUCCCUCUCUAUGGCAUGACAAUCCGGGAGAGCGAGGAUGAGUGGGGUGUGCCUCACGCCUUCACCCUGGUUGGGCAGCGCCAGUCAGUAGUGGUAGCAGCAAGUUCACUGUCAGAGAUGGAGAAGUGGAUGGAGGACAUUAAUAUGGCCAUUAUCCUGGCGGAGAGCAUCAACGGUCCUACGUCUGACUGGCUGGCCAGCAGUCUGACAGAUAACAAAUCCCUAACAGAGGACUCCUGUGCAGAGGCGGAGUCUGAGGACGACCUGAUGGCGUCGCGCACCUCCCUGGAGAGGCAGGCCCCUCACCGUGGUAACACCACGGUGCAUGUGUGCUGGCACAGGAACACCAGCGUGUCCAUGGUGGACUUUAGCAUAGCCGUGGAGAAUCAGCUGUCAGGAAACCUGCUGAGGAAGUUCAAGAACAGCAACGGCUGGCAGAAACUCUGGGUGGUCUUCACCAACUUCAGCCUGUUCUUCUACAAAACCCACGAGGAUGACUAUCCUCUGGCCAGUCUCCCCCUGUUGGGCUACUCUGUCACCAUCCCCACUGAGUCUGAAAACAUCCACAAAGACUACGUCUUCAAACUGCAUUUCAAAUCCCACGUCUACUACUUCAGAUCUGAGAGCGAGUACAACUUUGACAGGUGGAUGGAGGUCAUUCGCAGCGCCACAGUCUCUGCCAGCCAUAACCGCAUUCUGAGCCGGAAAGAGUCCCAUCCGUACUGACCCAAAGAGCAGGGGGGUUCUCUCCCUGUCUCCCCGUGCCUCUUCUCCUCACCACAACCUCCCCCAUAGGGUCUGGCCACAUACAGCCUCUCUUCACACUACGGGCUCCCUCAAGCAGCAAGCUGGAACCACACAUUCACUUGUCUAGAAUCUGUUGAUUUCCUUUUCUCCAUGGAUCUGGGACGUGUGUACAUUGAGCAGUGUCCAAUGCACAAUCUUGGUGCUUAUUGAUGCGGUGACAUGUCCGCUGGUUUAGACUGCAAACAGAGACAGACAUUUUCAGCAUUUUUUCUUUAUACUCUGCUCUGAAUCUCUCUUUUUUUUGUAGGACGUCAUUUUAUACUGUUUUCAACGGAGCACAUACUAUACUUCUGUUUUCAACGGAGCACAUACUAUACUUCUGUUUUCUAACGGAGCACAUACUAUACUUCUGUUUUCUAACGGAGCACAUACUAUACUUCUGUUUUCAACGGAGAACAUACUAUACUUCUGUUUUCAACGGAGCACAUACUAUACUUCUGUUUUCAAUGGAGCACAUACUAUACUUCUGUUUUCAACGGAGCACAUACUAUACUUCUGUUUUCUAACGGAGCACAUACUAUACUUCUGUUUUCUAACGGAGCACAUACUAUACUUCUGUUUUCAACGGAGCACAUACUAUACUUCUGUUUUCAACGGAGCACAUACUAUACUUCUGUUUUCACAUUCUGUCAUUGGAUCAUUUUAUGGUGGAAACUGAUUCUGCGGUUGUUGUUGUUUUUUUAAAACCUGUUUUUCAUUUAGGAUAUCACUGCAUCCUCAAGGUCUUUUGUCUCCUUGUUCAUUUAAUGGGGGGGGGGGGGGGGGGG